AUGUCCUCACAACAACGCAACAGUCGCGCAGACUCACAAAACGCACUCGAAAAAACUCUCGCACAAGGUCCUCGAUUUGACCCACCGCAGUCGCAGUCAACAAACACGUCUCCUAUCCGCAAGCCGCUUCACGAACGCUCAAACUCGCAAACUAACCGCGACUCUGGGUCAACCAUCCGCAUUGUUCAAGAUCCCGGACAUGACAUCUAUCAGAAAUAUCCCGUACCCAGCGAACCCUCGCAAAUCCUGCCCCCACCCCGUCAUGCGCCGGGUUAUGGCUUUGAAAGGCCGGGAUCUCGUGUUUCAAAUAGCAGCCAGGUCGCCAGUACCAUCGCAAAGUUCGAGGCGAGCCGAGCGCGAACACCACAGCCUAUCCUGUCACGGAAGAAGGGUUUCAGACAUUCGGGCUCCACUAGCAUGUCAGAGGAAGAUACCCUCGUAGCAUCCUCUUUUACGCCAUCGUCUUUAAGAUUUUCCCAGGGGAGCACUGCCCCAUCCUCACCCCCACCGGAAUUAGAAGAUGAACCAAAAGGCCUCGAGGUACUUGAGGAGGUCGUCUCCUCACAAUCUACAAGGCCAACUAUCCGGGCUGUUCCUCCCUCUUCUUCUGGAGGAGAUUCCGACCGUGCAUUAACGCCUAAGGCCUCUGCUGCAUCUUUUGCUUCACCUGCUCCUACCACCACACCACGCCCAAUUAGUAAUGCCGGAAACUCGUCAAGUGUCAGUUUCGGUCGACCGUUACCAGAAGUUCCCCAAGGCCCAGCGGCAACCGAACGUCAAGCUAGGGGGCCUGCUCUCACUUGUGACACUGACUAUCGACAACCUGUAUUGCAUCCUCAACAAAGUACAGAGUCGUUCACGUUUUCUGAUAUUUCCUACACCAGCAUCGAACCAACACAUACACUAGCUUCGUCGCAGCCAUCGCCAUCUCUUCAUGAAGCCAGCACAGCAUCCUUUGCGAGCGGUAUCCGAAUUAAUUACCCCGUCGUACGCGCGCCGUCCGGCACUAGCUCGCGAGCCGAAUCCCAGGACGCGCCCAACAUCGCAUCCCGGAUGCACGACCCGUCGCUGGUACAUCACUGGAGCUCCCAGCUGUCAACAAUCGCCUCCGUUUCCGAACGCGAUUCGCGAUCCCUCGCACGAAACUCCCGGUCGCUCGGCGCCAGAUCACAUUCACAAGAAAGCUAUGCGGGCAACGGUCGAACAGCGAUUCCACGCCGGAGGGGACAGACAAUUGGGAGCGCACAGUCGUCGUCGGACAAUGUAUCGUCGGAAGGUCAUACCGAGUUCUCUGCAGUGCCAGUGCCCCGGCCGCUCUUCUCUCCUACGACAAGAUCUUCAUCCGAUGACAACAGUGAACACAUGGACACGAUCUCGCCGCUGCCUACAUCGAUCCCUCUGCGCAUGAAGAACUCGGGGUACUUGCGCAACAGAGCCAAUAGUACCGAUGCAGUAUCGAUGAGCGACGAGCGACCUGGAUCUUCUCAGUCGCAUAUGUCGAGAUUCAUUGCAGACAACAUUCCAGCUUGGGCAAGGGUUUACUACCAAAAGGGAGAACGCAUCUCGGUUGGAGCCCCGGAAUCCGAGUCUUCUGAGAGCGUACGGCUGGGAACCGCCCACAGCGGACGAUCGCGCACCCCUUCAGAGAGCAACUUCCCACUCAGCAUUUACCGACCACGGAACCGACCGAGGAACAAUUCAAGGAACCGCGCUUCACACGCCGAUACUGUCUCGCUAGCAGACGACGUUCACUCGAUUGACGGAGCAGUAUACGCAGUCGGACCUCACAUGUACCCGCUCAGCGGUUACUCAACACCGCACCUCCGGACAGAUCGGAGAGGACAAUUGUACAGCGCUUGGAACGCACCAUCACUGGACGAUGACGUUCAUGCCACACUCUUCGGGCGCCAAAACAGACAGAUCCUGCUCUUCUGUAUAGGAUUUCUGUUCCCACCUGCUUGGAUAAUUGCCGCAUUCCUUCCUCUACCCCUCGACCCGAACGCUGUUGGUACCCCAACUGCCAGCCAGGCCGACUUGGAACAGCAAUUCGCCCAAGCGAUGGGGCCCGCCGACGACAAGUCCUUCCAGAAAGCAACCUGGUGGCGCAACCUCAACCGUGUCAUGUCCGGAGUUGGCACGCUUCUGAUCGGUGUCAUCGUCGCGCUGGCCAUUCUCGCAUCGCGCAUGUAA